AGUAACUCUGCUGAUGUAGAUCUUUUCACACGUUUUUAUGAACCUUUUAACGAAUUAAUAGUUUUAACUAUACAAUAUGCUAUUUAUACUUGUAAGUUUAGAAUCCAUCAGUUUGACAGUGAACGUUUUCAGAUUUUGGAACUGCAUAAUAACAACAUUAAAAGAUUGAAAUCAGCAGUUAUACAGUAUUUAAGAAAUUCCACGACGCUAAAAACUCUUACGUUACAUGGUAACCCAUGGAUAUGUGAUUGCGACUCAAGGGAUUUCGUAGACUUCAUCCAGUCACAAACUUCUCAGCGGAUUUUGAAUUUAUCCAUGAUCGAGUGUAGAGAUAUCAAAAUUCCCAUACUAAAGAUAAGAAUGGAAGAUGUUUGCCCAAACAACGUCAUGAUAUUGAUAGUAGGUGCAAGUUUCGCUGUUAUUAUUGCUGCAUUAAUCAUUAGUACUGUAAUAGCACUAUAUUAUCGAUACCAGCGAGAGAUCAAGGUAUGGUUGUAUGCUCAUAAGUUCUGCUUAUGGCUGGUAACAGAAGAUGAAUUAGAUAAGAAUAAGUUGUAUGAUGCGUUUAUCAGUUAUUCGCAUCAUGACGAAGAUUUUGUUGUAAAUGAGCUUAUCAAAAAGUUGGAAGAUGGUCCUAGACCUUUCAAACUGUGUGUGCACUUUCGUGAGUGGCUGGCUGGGGAAUAUAUACCAACCCAAAUUGCUCGUUCUGUCGAAAAUUCAAGACGGACGAUAGUAGUAUUGUCGACUAAUUUUCUAAAUAGCGUUUGGGGACGGAUGGAAUUCAAAGCAGCACACUGUCAAGCUCUCAGUGAAGGUAGAACAAGAGUGAUUUUAAUUCUGUAUGGUGAAAUCAACGUCAUUGAUAACUUCGACUCGGAUCUUAAGGCGUACUUAAACAUGCACACAUACAUAAAGUGGGGAGACCCUUCAUUCUGGGAUAAACUACGAUACGCUCUACCACAUCAUCCAGAAUUGAAAAGUAAUUAUAGCUAUAGGGAAACUGUUUCGGACACAUUUGCUUUAGAUGUAAUUAGGCAGCAGUAAGAAAAUAAGGGCGAAAAUAAGAGAAGGUUCCGAAAUGAUACAAUCGUAUGUAACUGAUUAGUAACUUUUUUGUACGAACGACUCUAUUUGAAAAUACCACGUUUCCAAAUAAAGUUACAAGAACAUAAAAAGCAGUUGAUUAUUAGAAGUCUACGUACAACCGUCCGAUCCCAUUUGCACUCCAGAUGUUUAUAUUUACGUCACGUAAAAGCCCAUAUACCUACUGUGAUGUUUGGGAAACUCCGAUGACAGACCAUCAAGUCAUUCCUAAAUUGUUCAUACUAUCGUCCUAUUCUUUUACGUGAAUUUUCCUUUUAGAGAACUUUACAGAAAUAUAACAGAGUAUAUCUGUGUUAUCGAAACGUUGUAGAGAAUAAAUAUACAGCUGAG